CCACGUCAGUCUACAUGAUUUUUUGUGACAUAACCUCAAAUAUACAACUUGGUAUUCAGUCUUACCAAUGAAUACAUUGUCAGUUUUUGUGUAUAUCCCUUAACAUAAACAAGAAUAUUUCAAAAUGAAUUGGACUUUCUGGGUAUUUAUAAUUGGAUCAUUUAGUUGUAAAUAUGUAAAUGCUCAGGUACAAAGAGUUCCGCCUGGUGUAUCACCUCAACAUUAUCAACAACCUGUUCAACAAGUACAUCAUCAAAUGCCACAACAAGUUCCACAACAACAGUAUCAACAAGUACCAGCACAAGUACCUAUGCAUCAAGUCCCAGUUCAACAACAACAACAACAACAACAACAUCAGCAGCAGCACCAGCAACAACAGCAGCAGCAACAACAUAUGCAACCUCCUCAAGUACCAGUUCAAUCAGGACAUCAUCAUGAUCAUUCUCAACCUAUACUUAAUGCUGCCAAUAUAGUUAAUGAAAAAGCUCAUAUUGCUGAACAUAUGGAAGUUCCAAUGGAUACUAGUAAAAUGACAGAGCAAGAAUUACAGUUUCAUUAUUUCAAGAUGCACGAUGCAGACAAUAAUAAUAAGUUAGAUGGUUGUGAACUUAUAAAAUCCUUGAUUCAUUGGCAUGAACAAGGUAACAAAGAAGUACGCGAGAAAUUAUUCAAAGACGAAGAGUUGGUUACUUUAAUAGAUCCAAUUCUUUCUAUGGAUGAUACUAAUAAUGACGGGUACAUUGAUUACCCCGAAUUUAUACAGGCACAGCAAUAUGCAGCAGCUACUGGCAGACAGUAGUUAUAAAAUAAACAAUAUUUUUAUUUCAUUUUGAACAAAUACGCAGUUUCAUUUAUAAACAUCUUGAUUUUUUUGUUAUUGUUAUGGUAUAAGUAAUGGUAUAAACCACUACUUGAAAUUAUUUUUAUUUUUACUUUGCUAUAUUUUCCAAUAAAAAACAAAACAAAAAUAA